CUGUGGAUCACAUGAAACGCAUCUGUUGAGAUUGGCGCGACGGACGGCGACACCAGGGUGUUCCUGAUAUUUUGGAAAGAGACAUCCUGUUCUGUGUAUUGAAAUCUGUGUUUCGUUUAGUUGCAGGGGGUGGCAUCUCUAGAGUGCAAUUUGUUCUUGGUUGUCUGUCGUGAGACGCAAAUCCGCUACCCUGUGUGAACCUGAAAUGGCGGAACUUACCCUUUCAUCGACUCCGACGUUGCUGUCAUCGUCGGCUUGCCCCGAUGCUAGCGCCACGUUCAAGGGCAUGAGCCCAGCUACCGCCGAGAUAACAACUGAUCCUACUCUAGGAUCUGGGGCUCCCUGCCAUUUCACGGCUCCAGCUGCCUCGCUCGAUCUGCCGACCGAUUGGACCUUAAAUGAACGACAGCUUUGCGAGGUCGAGUUGAUAGUAAGUGGCGCAUUGGCGCCACUCAACGGAUUCAUGGACGAACAAACCUAUCGUAGCGUCUGCAAGGAAAUGAGGCUUCCAACAGGAGAAAUUUUCCCGAUUCCAGUUGUGCUUGCAAUUCCAAAGAGCGCCAGCAAGCCCAACUUGCACUGGUUGCAGCAGCACUCGGCGUGUGCCAAGUAUCCAUCCGAUUGCCCGGCAGCCCAAGGCGCAGUGAUCAAACUGCGAAACAAUGUCGGAACCGUGAUUGUGGAGCUGAAAGUUUCCUCUGUGUUUGAACCGGACCUACAGUGGGAACAACAGCUGGUGUUGGGCACGACGGACGCGAAUCACCCUUACGUAGACUACAUGAACACCAACUACAGAGACUGUGUGUAUGUCGGUGGUGACUUUGUUCUAAAAGCGCCUAUAGAGCAUUUUGACUUUGAAGGAUAUAGACUAUCUCCCGCCUACACCAAGGCAGAGAUCAAGAAAAGGAACUGGGAAGUCGUCGUCGGCUUCCAAACGCGGAAUCCCAUGCAUCGGUCUCACUACGAGUUGACCAAGUAUGCGCUGACGAAGGUUCAAACAGAAUCAUCGAAACAACCCCAUCUCCUUCUCACUCCUGCUGUUGGACCUACGCAACCAGGAGACGUUCCGUAUCCCGUGAGAGUGCGGUGUUACGAAAAAAUUCUCAAAUACUACGGAGACGAUGAGGUGAUGCUGGCCCUAAUCCCCAUUCCCAUGCGGAUGGCCGGUCCACGGGAGUGUGUGUGGCACGCUCUAAUCCGAAAGAAUUUUGGAUGCACGCACUUCAUCGUAGGCCGUGAUCAUGCUGGUCCGAGCACGCUAACAAAAAAUGGAGAGAAAUUCUACGACCCCUACGAGGCGCACAGGCUGCUGGCAUCCGUCGCGGCGGAUCUGGGAAUUGUUCCUGUUUUUGGCCAGGAGAUGGUUUAUCUUGGAGACGAGAUAGGUUACUGCUCAGCGAAUGAGGUGACGGUAGAAGAAAAGGCUCUUAUGAAGACCAUAUCGGGAACACAAUUUAGGCGGUUGCUAGAGGAAAGACAACCCAUUCCAACGUGGUUUUCUUUCCCCGAAGUUGCUGAUGAACUCAGAAAAUUUUACAAGCCAAACUACCAACGAGGGCUCUGCAUCUACUUCACCGGACUGCCCUGCUCAGGAAAGAGCACCCUGGCGCAGGCUCUGGAAGCCGUCCUUUCUGAAAGAGAAGAAGAAACAAGACGCAUCACCCUUUUAGAUGCUGACGUUGUCCGCCAGCAUCUGUCCAGAGGAUUGGGUUUUUCAAGGGAAGACAGGAGUACCAACGUGCGGCGCAUCGGAUAUAUUGCCUCCGAAAUUGCAAAGCAUGGAGGAAUAUGUUUGGUGGCGAAUAUUGCUCCUUACGCUGUUGACCGGGAUUUCAAUCGGAGGCUGAUCACGUCAACAGGUGGCCGGUACAUAGAGGUAUACGUCAGCACUCCGUUGAGUGUCUGUGAGCAAAGGGAUGUAAAAGAAUUGUACAAAAAGGCUCGGCAGGGAAUUAUCAAACAAUUUACAGGAAUCUCCGACCCGUAUGAACCUCCGAGGAACGCGGAAGUUGUGAUUGAUUCUAGCUCAAACCUGAAGGAGAAAAUCGGCAUGAUAGUUAAGUAUCUCACAGAGAAAGAAUUUGUCCUUCCUGGAGGUAUGUCGGCUUGAGGACGGUAAACAUCAGAUGGAUGCAUAUGCAUCCGUGAAAGACGCAAAUAAAUACUGUGUCUUCUUAACCGGGUAUGCCGUGACGACAGUUGACACAGCGACGAAAAGUGGCAGAAGCGAGCCAAAAAGAGGACACCAGUUUCGCUCUGCGUCAGAACUGCAACUGGCCAAGGGCGACCCGCAAAGAGCGCGGAGUUACACAAAUCGGCAAUGGGGAAAAGGAUGGUCCAUAAGUUGUGUGGCCGUACUGUUGUCGUGUCAAAUAGGGGUGAUCGGACUAACCUGAGUCAGUGUUGUGUGUCUAUCUCAUUGCAACUUCAUCAGAGGAUACACAUGCAACUGAGUUGGGGACGCGGUUUUUGUGCAUCUUGCUCAGUCUGACUUUCCACGUUACAAACAAAGUCCACUGCGCUGGUAGCCUGCUCGCCACGUACUUGUUACACGUCGAGUUCGUACGAGUCUACCAAGUGUGGCGGAUGAUUAUUGCACGACGAGGUAACCUGACUGCGCUGGAAGCAUAUGGAGGGUGUUUUCUGACGACCGGCGGUAACAGGUGUAAACAGUGAAGUUUCAUCCGAUUUGGUUAUUGAGAGAGAGAACACAAAUCGCAGCAGCGCGGAAUCGGGUUCAUGUGGCAUUGUAGACAUCUCUCAGGUGUGUCUCUCGUUCAUAGCGUUGCCGUAAGAAGCCGGGACAAUUCAGUACAGAGCCUGCCACUGCACAUCCAGGAAGAAAGUUAUCGUUUAGGACUGCAGUCAGAGCUGCCCAUAGAUGUGAAAAUCGUUUUCUUGCUGAAUGAGGUCAGCAUCUGCGGCAGCCUCCCUGAAACAUGGUGGCAGCAGCACGACUGUACCCAACUGUUGGUACCCUGUGCCGCCUGUUGCUAGCCAGCGUCUUUUGCCGUCCUACGGGAGUAGUUGCCCACUUCACGGCCAUAAUGCGAAUGAAGGAGAAAAUACCGGCACAACUUUUGAGCACGUUCCUGGCAAUUCCACUGGAGAAUCCCACGGUCGGGUCUUGGGAGGAAGAGCCUGUUGUGCAUUUGAGGCCCAUGACAUACUUCGAUUGAAGAUUUUCUACUUGGCUCGAGGCAGAUGGAACACACACGAACACUGGGGAUUUUAAAUAAAGGGAUAACGAACUGAGCGGUUGUUGAUGGAAUUACGUCCUUGCAUAAUGCAUCUCUGCAAAGAACAUUUUCAGCCAUUGUGCGCCAGCUGUGUAUUUUGCGAUAGGAUUCUACGGUAGACGAAGCAGGGGGGUUCGGCGGGGUGGAAAGAUGCAUUACGCGAAUAUA